UAAACUUAUUAUCACGCUUUCUACUAUGAAAGUCUGAGAGUCCAUAACUUGCUUCCGCAGAAACUACUUUUUUUAAAUACGAGGAUUACACGAAAGCACUGAAGCCAAAUAUGUACUCCUGAGGUAUGAUCUCCAAACCAAGUUAUGAAAGCGCGAAUCAAUGAUACCUCUAUGUUGUUGUGGACAGAUCUUUUCAGAUAUUGCCUGUCAACGCACAAUUCUGAGUCUUACGGUGCAGUGUUCUAAUGCUGAAUGUCCAUGGACAGGAGAAUUGUGAGCUGCGGAGGUGUUUAUAAAGAUAGUACAGUAUUUGCAUGAAAACAGCUUGUGUUCCAUGCAUCUUUAACCCAUCACUUGAAAUUUGUUUGUGCAUUUUCACUCGUUUAUUUUGGAAUAAAUGUGUCCCCUCUCUCCCCUCCCACUCCUUUCAUUUCCCACAUUUUGAAGAUGUAUUGGACAAUCAAAUGAGAAAACUUAAUCUUAUUCUUCUGCUUUGCUUUUUUAUGGUUUCUUUUGAAUUCGACGGUAUCUUACUGAUCACGUUAUCAUGCUGGAAAUUUUCACCGAGUUCAUGUUGAUGCUCUCCAUGGUGGAGAAUCAUUCCUCUUUGCCAUUACAGUGUGAAGAUCCCUUUGAGGAAAGUUCUUCGUAAGAGAAAUGAAAGGUCUUAGAUUAAUACUUAAGAUUGUCUUAACUUUCUGGCUGAAACUCAUUAAAGACGAACUGAAGUCACAAGGAAUAAUUUUGAGACGUCAAUGAUUUGUUUCUUCAUGCAACAAACGAGUUUUUUUUCUGUCUGCUCACUUAAACGUAACUCUGUUUUAUCCUUUUUGUUUAGCUCGUGGCUCAUAUUCAUGAUGACUGUCCUUUAACUGAAAUUACGUGUGUAUACCAGAACUAAAGUGCAAAAAAGUGUUUCCAAGAAAUAGGGCCAAAUCUCACUUGGAAUCACGUAUGGAAAGCCACUUGAGCUUAGCUCUUUGCAGCCUUGAGAUCACUCAGAAUCAGGUUAAAGAUCAGUCGAAGGGGAUUGAGAGAUUGACAUCCACUUUGUACGAGCAGUCGCAGCAGUUGAAUGAUCAGUCACAGCAGAUAGACAGAUUGAUGGCCAAACAUUUAAAUCAGUCACAAAUGAUGGAGUGAUUGAUGUUAUCUCUAAAAGAUUAUUUAGAGCAAAUGGCAAGUUUAACGUCUACUGUACAGGGUCAGGCGCAACAGAUACAACGAUUGACGGUCCAAGUUCAACAUCAAGCAGAGAAGACAAAGGAAAUGAAUAAGGAGAGCAAGGGCCAGUCAGACAAGAUGGCAGCAACUAACGUCAGUGUUGACAAGCUUGACCGGAAGAAGUCCAAGGGUGAUACUAUGAAACAGGUCUUCAAGCCUGAAUCAAUCAAAGAUAUUGAAGUAGGUAUGAAGGUAUUGUUCAUGAAUUUGUAUAGGACAUUACGAGGAACAGUCAAGUACGUCGGAUCUGUGCCUUGGCAAAGUGGAGAUUGUCUCAGGGUAGAGUUAGAUCCAGAUCAAGAGUUUCCAUCCCAUGCAAACGACGGAACAAUCCGUGGAAAAAGAUACUUUACCUGUGCACCUGGUAGCGGCUGCUUUGUAUUUUUUAAAAGCGUUGUGGAGUGUUACACACGAUGAUUACAGUAAUAUGGCUCCUGUUUUCUUGGCUUCCCAUGUGAAAGAACAGGAAAAGUCAGAACAGUCUCUUUACCAUCUCGAAAUGUCCGUCCACUGCUUAAAGGACACUUUGUCGACAAGUCACAGUAACUACAACUUGGUCUACCAUCAGUUUGUAAAUUCAAUAGAAGCUGGCAUGCUUGCAUCAGGGCACAUAGAGUUUACGAAAGUAUUGUAUUAAAGUAGAUACUGUAGGUCCUUCACUUUCAGACGUUUGUUCAAAAAAAGUAUUAAGUGAACUUUCUAGCUAAUCGUAGCUCUUUAGUUUUCUUUGUCAUUCAAGUAUCAUGUGCGUAGAAUUUCUGAAACUACAAAAUAAAGGUUGAUAUUAUGUAUUAAACUAACUGCAAUAUAGAAAAGCCGCGAAGGCAUUAUAUCAGCGGUUAGCUGGGAGGAAAGAUGCACUUUUCUGAAAACCAAAUGUUUACCCGGCGCAAAAGGUUUAUGAACAGCUUAUGUUCAGAUGAACAACUCAAUGAUGUAACACUCUACUGAUGGAUACUCGUAAACAGUUAUUAUAAAUUUAAGGAAGAGAAAGUUCAGUAGCAAGGAUGUCGUAGCUAACUGCUUACAGCUUCAAGAUCUACAGCCUUCUAGAUAGUCAGAGGCAAACCUUCGGUAAC